GUUCUCGGCCCCCGGGCUCCAGUCCACGUCCGCGAUCCUCUCGCCCCCGCCGGGCGCCUCCGCCCUGCGCCAGACCGGCAUCAACGUGGUGCCCGCCACCGACCCGGUGCCCCAGGUCGACCAGCAGGUGGGCGCCGUGCUGCAGAUCGACUGCAGCGCCGGCGCCCUCGGGUGCCACAGCCUCACGUCGACGAUGUGCGAGCUCUCGGCCGUGUGCGGGGACGCCGGAGGGCGCCCCGUCGCACGGGGCUACACCUUCUCGUGCGCCGCGUGCGAGAAGUCCGGGCAGCACAGGUGCUCAGAGCAGCCGCGGCUCGUUGUCGCGUGACGCGCCGGCUCCGAGCGAGGGCCCGGCAUCUGGAGGCCCGUGCGCGUCUCAGUCGCGUGCGGGUCUCCGAGGCGGGCGAGUCGAGACGACGGCGGCUGGCCUUCGGGGGGGCCCUCUCGUCGCCACGGCUGGAGGCAGCUCGGAACACCGGUGCGCUCGGGCCCCAGGAGGGCUCCCGGGGCCGGGUUGGAGCUGCCGUCGUCUUCGCCCUCCUCCGACGGGGGGAGGGGCGGUCACCCGGAGGCCCGUGCGCGGGCCCGGUCGCGCGGGGGCGUCGCUGCCGUGGAGCUGCGUCGGCGGCAGGGCCAGCACCGACGCGCUCGAUCAUCGAGCCUUGGCGCUGCGGCCGUCGGCUCUGCGAGAGGGCGGCGCUCCCGGCACCGCACCCCGUGGGGGCUGCCCUCGCUCGUGCGAGGCCGAGGGCCGGCCACGGCGCGUGCCGGGACGCCGCGCCUCCGAUCUCGUCCCGCUUGGCCGCGCAGUGUGGGCACCGCGCCGGUGCCUCGAGCCGAGCGG